GAGAGAGAACUCGAUCGCUUUCCACAUUCAAAUCGCACAUUCUUCUGGAGAGAGAAAGCAGCUCAGAGAUCUGAGGUGAUUCCAAUCCAGAGAGAGAAAACAAGCAUUCCAUUCUUCACCUAGUUGACACACUCUGUCUCUUUCUAACUACUAUACGCGAAAAUCUGUAAAUAAAUCUCUAUAUAUACAUACAUGCACAUCUACUACACUGUAUGUAUGUUUGAGAAACCCUAGAAGAUAAAGGCUUUUAUGUCGAGUUGAUUCAUGUGUGAUUAAGUUCAGAUCGGAGUGAUGGAGGAUGUAUCCGGCGGUGGUGGUGUCGGAGGAAUGACGGACAUGCCGGAAAUGCUGCAAGGAGGUGAGUACAGCGGCGGCAAUGUACGGCCUCCGAUAGCUGAGUCGACGCCGUUGACGGUGUCAGGCUCUUUUAGGGAAGGCGGGGGGAGGGGUUCGGGUAUGACUAGUCGUAGGAGGAGCUCGAGGAGACCGAGCUUAGACGCUGAUGACUUUAUAAAUCUGCUCCACGGGUCGGAUCCGGUAAAGCUGGAGCUCAAUCGGUUGGAAAAUGAAGUUAGAGAUAAGGAUAGAGAAUUGAGCGAAGCACAAGCGGAGAUCAAGGCGCUCAAGCUGUCUGAACGCCUAAGAGAGAAAGCUGUUGAAGAGCUAACUGAAGAAUUGUCGAAGGUGGACGAGAAGCUGAAGUUGACAGAAUCUCUUCUAGAUACCAAAACUCUUGAAAUCAAGAAAAUCAAUGAUGAGAAGAAAGCAUCAAUGGCGGCUCAGUUUGCAGCAGAAGCCACUCUUCGGAGGGUUCAUGCUGCUCAAAAAGACGAUGAUAUGCCUCCAAUUGAGGCAAUCCUUGCACCACUAGAAGCUGAGCUAAAGCUUGCUCGACAAGAGAUUGCUAAGCUGCAGGAUGACAAUAAAGCAUUAGAUCGAUUGACUAAAUCAAAAGAGGCUGCUCUACUUGAAGCUGAGAGAACUGUGCAGGUUGCCUUGGCAAAGGCUUCAAUGGUGGAUGAUCUUCAGAAUAAGAACCAGGAGUUGAUGAAGCAGAUAGAAAUUUGCCAGGAGGAAAAUAAAAUUUUGGAUAAAAUGCAUCGACAAAAAGUGGCUGAGGUGGAAAAGCUUACUCAAACUGUACGCGAACUUGAAGAGGCCGUUCUUGCUGGUGGUGCGGCUGCAAAUGCUGUGAGGGAUUAUCAGCGCAAAGUUCAAGAGAUGAAUGAGGAGCGGAAAACUCUGGAUCGAGAGCUAGCUCGUGCAAAGGUUACAGCAAAUAGAGUGGCAACAGUAGUAGCUAAUGAAUGGAAAGAUGCUAAUGACAAAGUGAUGCCAGUUAAACAAUGGCUUGAAGAAAGAAGGUUCUUGCAGGGUGAGAUGCAACAACUGCGGGACAAAUUAGCUAUAACAGAGCGCGCGGCAAAGUCUGAAGCACAACUGAAAGAGAAAUUCCAAUUGCGACUGAGAGUACUGGAAGACACUUUGAGAUCACCCAACUCUCUUUCUCUUUCUCGUAGCUCAGCACCCAUGGGCAUGGGCAUGAGCAAUGGUGCUUCGCGUCGUCAGUCCUUAGGUGGAGCAGAUAACUUUUCCAAAUUAUCUCCAAACUUACCCAAAAGGAGUAAACUUAUUUCAAAUGGAACAAGUGGACGUGGGAGUCCUUCUUUUAACCUUGGCCAAACCUGUGAGGGAACUAAGGAUACUGAAAUUCCGGAUGAAAAACCAGCUGCCUCCUUGGAGGAUAGUGUGCCAGGAGUUUUGUAUGAUCUGCUUCAGAAAGAGGUGGUUUCUUUGAGGAAAGCCGGUUAUGAAAAGGAUCAGAGCAUAAAAGACAAGGAUGAUGCCAUUGAGAUGUUAGCGAAGAAAGUAGACACGUUAACCAAGGCUAUGGAGGUUGAGGCGAAAAAGAUGAGAAGAGAGGUGGCUGCAAUGGAGAAGGAAGUAGCUGCUAUGCGUGUCGACAAGGAACAGGACAACAGGGCAAAACGCUCCACCAACACCUCUCACCUACAUCCCGCCAGGAAUGUGGCACGGAGUGGGUUGACACGGGUCGACGCCUUGAAAGAACUCAUCUUCACCAUCGACGCCUCAACCCUCGCUCCACCAUCGAUCUCCCUGCCAACGCUCUCCACCGACCAGGACUCCGACCAGGACGCCGACGCCGACCAGAACGCCGCCAAGAACGCCGGACAGCGCUGCGCUACUUCUUCCUCUUGGCUGUCGGACUUCACAGCUUUUGAAGAUGUUGCUGAGAAUGCUUGUUUUUCUCAAAUUUGUUGA